ACACAAAUGCUCAUUUUUAUCAACUGAAUUUUCAUGUAAAAUUGCGCCGAUUGGUUACAGAAUCAUACCGAAUUUAAGAAUGGGACCACACUUUUUCUAUAAAAGCUAUUACGCCUGGUUUGUCCAUUUGUGUGCCUGUAUAGGAGGACAGCAAGAACAUACUGCAAGAAUCUAGAUGGACUUUGGUGCAGCUGCAUAUCCGAAACAACCUGCAAUGUUUCAAGACAUGAAAACUGUUAGUCUUAUUAAACUUUGAGAGACAUUAUGAUGUUAAUUAAACACAUAACACGUUUAAUUAGGUAAACCUUUUGCGAGAAAGGUAGUUUUUUUAUAUCCGCAGAAUCUCUCAGGUAAAAAAAAAAUAUUGCAGAGUGACUAAAUGCUUUCAGUGAUGACACGCAGAGUAGUCGACGUUAUAGCACCGCUCAUUUUCUUAUGAAGACACUUGCACGGUUGCACGGCACAGAGGCUCCACCUUUUCAAGCGGUUCAGUGACCUCACCAGUGGGCUGGAUUGUAAGGGUGGGAUUUCCAGGCUUUCAGAAAGCUCCAUGUAUUCCUGCCUCUCUCUAUCUUAGGAUCUAUGCGGCUUCAACGGUAGCAAAGACGGACUGGUUGUAUCUUUUAAUAGCCACAGAAAGGCCUAUAUAUUGCACACUGGAUCUUUUUUUCUACAUGCGACUCCAAUCGGAAUAAAUAAUUGAGGAAUGUGGAAAUUACAGAAUGCCCAACAGCGCUGGAAAGAGAUUUAAACCCACCAAAUACAUCCCAGUGUCCACAGCUGCCACACUCCUUGUGGGAUCGACCACUUUAUUUUUCGUUUUCACGUGCCCCUGGUUGACCAAGGUGAUCUCUCCCGCUGUGCCUCUCUACAAUGGCCUGGUCUUCCUCUUUGUCUUGGCCAACUUCAGCAUGGCGACGUUCAUGGACCCUGGUGUUUACCCCAGAGCGGACGAGGACGAGGACAAGGACGAUGAUUUCCGAGCGCCGCUCUACAAGAACGUGGAGAUCAAGGGCAUUCAGGUCCGGAUGAAGUGGUGCGCCACCUGUCACUUCUACAGGCCACCUCGCUGCUCGCACUGCAGCGUCUGCGACAACUGUGUGGAGGACUUUGACCACCACUGUCCUUGGGUGAACAACUGCAUUGGACGGAGAAACUACCGCUACUUCUUCCUCUUCCUGCUUUCGUUGAGCGUCCACAUGGUGGGAGUUUUCACUUUCGGCCUCAUCUUUGUUCUCCACCACAGAGAGAGACUGGGAGCGCUGCACACCACUGUCACUCUGGUGGUGAUGUGUAUAGCUGGGCUUUUCUUUAUUCCCGUCAUGGGUCUUACAGGUUUCCAUAUGGUGCUUGUGGCUCGAGGUCGAACAACCAAUGAACAGGUGACGGGGAAGUUUCGUGGAGGAGUAAAUCCCUUCACUAAGGGUUGCUGUGGCAACGUGGAGUAUGUCUUAUGUAGUCCCCUGGCGCCUAGGUACAUGUUGGACCCCAGGAAAAAGCCCCACGUUAAAAUUCAGCCCCCGUUCAUCAGACCAGACCUCUCAGACAGACAAAUUACCAUCAAAAUUAGCGACAACGGCAUCCAUAGCACCAUCAUCAGCUCCAAGUCUAAAGGAAGCCUGGACUGCCUGGAUGAAAAAGAAACCCAGCCUCCACUGCCGCCCAAAGCUGACAGGUACAAUCAGCUGAAAAGCCAGUUGACCUCCAGCGAAGAAAGUUCUCUGUCUGGUAAGACCCACCCUUCCACUCCAGCCAUGUACAAAUUCAGGCCGUCCUUUGGCACCAUGCCGAAAGUCCACUACCACACUACUGGAGAGAAGAUUGUUAUGCCAGACGACCGGAAGACCUCGGCAAUCAUGGAAGAGGGUGUGCGUGGUCAUGACUACCGAUCUGAGCCAAACUUGGACCUGCCUGAGUACACCAAUGCUCCCAUCCACCGCACCUUCAAGUCCUCCCCCCUCCAGCUGGACUCUGAUCUCAACUCCCGCUCACUCAGCCUGAAGCAGGCUCACCGUCGGCCGGAGAAGGGGCAGCUCCCGGCCCUGCAGCCCCAGACAGUCACCUCCACCCCUUACAAAAGCGUCUUCUCUCCCAACACACUCUCCAACCGUAAUGGAAGUCUGUCCUAUGACAGCCUGCUUAACCCCAGCAUCUCCCCAGCCACUGCCAGUGAGUGCAUGGCCCACCGUGGUAUGCCCACCAUGGGGUUCCACUCGCCCUAUCUGCCCACCAAAAUGUGCCACAUCCGGGAACCUGAAAUGCAGAGGCAGCAGGUUGCCCCCCCCUACAGCCCAGUGAUGCCACCCAGGGGAGUGGGCAGGCAAUCCCCUCACUCACGGGACAGGGACCCAUCCCCGGUGCGCUACGACAACCUCUCUCAGACCAUCAUGGCUUCCAUCCAGGAGCGAAAGGAGAUGGAACAGAGGGAGAAGCGGCAGAUGCUGCAUGGGCGCUCCCAGACCCAUAUCUACGCUCAGGACUCUGGCAUGUUUGAAGGCUCAGGGGGCUAUGGCCUACCCCCAAAUCCUUGCCACCCAGAUGGGCCUCGCGGCCCCGGUUCCAGAGGACCAACACCCCCGGCCUAUGGAGGCUCCAGAGACAACCUGAUGGGGGUUGGGCUGGUGAGCUAUGGCCAGCGAACCCCUGUGUUGCGCCAUGCUGGCUCUACUCUGGGCCGAGCCCCUAGGACUUCAUCCACCUCCCUACACACAGAUCACAGUAGCUCCAACAGCAGCCAGGGCAGGGCCACUGGCCCUGAAGGCCUUUAUCGCUCUCCAGCCCACCAGCCUCACUCCCCUGCUAUUCCCCGAUCCCCCUCCUACUCCCACCAGAAACUCUCAUACAUCAGUGCCCUUGAGAGGACAGACUCGCCUCGUCUGGGGGGCCCAAGAGAGGCCAUGAAAGUUAAUGGGCAGAUGGACUGCCACCCGAGUGCCCAGGGUGCCACCCUCAGCCCCAGUCGCCACAGUAACGUCAAAAAGGUGACAGGCGUAGGAGGCACCACCUAUGAGAUAUCAGUGUGAGCAGGGACACGGCAUCCUCCUGCAACGACAACGACCACCCUGCUGCAAAGAGAUUCUCCCCUCUCUGUUAUUUUUGUUAAGUCUAGAUAACGGCAAGUCAGGGGCACAUAGCACUCUGUUUUGGAGUCACUGUCCAAUCACAGGAUCUGUCUGCUCUUGUGUGGGCCUGUCUAGCCAAAUGCCCAAGUGUGUUUGUAACCAAGGGGUUGGUUGUCAGUUGAUACCACUGUAAGCUGUAUGUGUGAGGCGUGUCUUGUUAACAUUUUGUGGCUCAUCAUCUUGGUCAUAAGAGUGGACCGUCCAACAGAUUGUCAAUGUUAUUACUGUUGCCUCUCAACUGUGGUCGUGAAGCAUACGUUGUUCCAAAUGUCACACACUAACUUUGCUCCAGCGAGCGCUAAAGGCUGGACAAAACACUGCAGAUGAAUUAAACACCGACAUCCUCACUAUGGACUUCUGUGAGAAGACUAAUCCUUUACCAAGUCAAUUGAUCUCAAGGAGUCAAGGUGCUUCACAUUAACCUGUACUGUUCAUGUCAUCUCUAGCGUAUGUGAUGGAGUUGUGCAGCUUUGAGGGAUAAGUGCAGGUAAUGAGGAAGUGAGAUGAGAAGCUGGGAAAGGGGAAAUCGAGAGGAAAAGUCAUCAUAUCAUGUCUGGUGGUUGCAUUCCUAAUUCACUGAGAAAUGCUUGCAAUUAAUGAAAAGUAAAAUAAACUCUCAUUUCAUCUUUGUCAAAAAAAGUUUUCUCAGGAAUGAAAGCAACCAGCAGAGGUGCUAGUUGAUAGUAAUUCUUACAAUAAUGUCUCCUUCUUUAUCUCAGUCGAGUGCAGAUUUUUAAGGCUGGAUAUAGCUCACUCCCCUUUACUCCCUUCAGGAAGGUGCAGUACAUCAUCACAGGCUUCUCUUUACUUUGGUGAAGUUCAGUGAUUUCAACACCACCCAUGAUACAAGUGCUGGGCAGAUAGAUUUACAUUCUGAAAGAUCAGAAUACCUCAUCCCAAUGGUUUUUUUUCUUUAGAGUUCAGAACGAGUCCAGCCUUGCACAACCAAAACUUUUCUUUAAUUUUUUUGUCUAAAAAAGGUUUAGUAUGUAAAUUAUGUUGGAGUCUCUUUGUGUUAUAAUCAUAGGAAUGGGAAGGGUGUAGAGAAACAAGCCAUUAUCCAUGUAGUAAAAUGGAGAUAACUGGUCACUCAUUCAUUAUUUUGUAGUUUUUUAAUGGUUUUGUUUCCUUUUUAUAUACCCAACCUUUCAAAAGCUAUGUUUGAUGCAUCUUUUUUUAUACAGAUACUUAAGCCUGGAAUGGAUGUUUUACUUUGAGUGGAGUUUUUUUUUGUUUUUGAUAAAUUAUAAAUUCAGUAAGUGAAUGAGAUCAUGAAUAAUGGGUAAAACCAUAAGUAAAUAUAGCUUGUUCUACCUUGCAGUGUAAAAAUUGUAUAAUGAAAUGUAAUAUGUGAUGAUGAGGAAGUAAAAUAUUAAAGGCUCAAUCCUUGAUUGAUGAACAGUCACUUGGUCCACAUUGGAUUGUCAACUACAUGUCUGUGGUCUGUGCUUCUGCUAUGACAUGAUGGUUUGGGCAGAAAGUGUGCUGUUCACAAGUCAAGGACUGGGCUUUCAAUAAAAACUGCCUUGAGAUUUCAGUGCCAAAAGUGGCCACAUACCCCUUCAAAAACAAUGACAUCAUGAAGACUGAAAAUGUUCCAUAAAUCAACUUGCAGCAGCUGUCUGGUACAGCAAAGUAUUACACACAAACUUUUUUUGGUUUUGCUCUUAAUUGGAAAAAGAGUCUCAUCGUAACAUUAAUUGCUUUUAACCAUAAAAAAAAUAAUGUGAUAAUAUCUAAGUGGGAGGUUUUUAUUUAUGUUUAAACAUGACAAAACAUGCCAGAAUUCACACAGAAGUUAAGUUGUUGAUUUGGUCCGGCUACAUUUGCAUUAAGAAUAAACCAUUGUUGCCUUUUGAGAGGAAAAUUUAUGUUUCACACACAAUGAAAUGUGGCUAGUUGAAAAGCUAUUACAAUAAGGGACAAUGAAAUACCUGGAAUGACAGCAUUACACAGCAAAAUCUGUCAGGACUGACUCAGACUGGGUUGAGUUUUUACAACAGACCGUUCUGGAAGAAAGGCCAAUGUACAACAUAAUAGCAUAACUUUCAAAGUUUUUUUUCUUUUUUUUUUUUUUUAAAGGAAGUCUAUGAUUUGGUUAACUUCCCAUUUCUGAUACAUUCAUAGAUUUUCUCCAGAUAUCAGACUGUCAAAGGCAGGUUGCUGCGGUGGAGUCUUGCUUACUGGCGGGGUUGCUAUGGAAACUCAGUGUUAUAGUUACAACCUUCAGCUAGGAUGGUCUCCCUUAUAAGGUCUCACCCAGCUGCCUUACCAUGAACACAGUAAUGUGAAGUAACACAGGAUGAUCAAUUUCUGUCAUCUGUGUCUCUGAAUUGUUUGAAUGGUUUCUUCUGUAAUAAGGCUUUGGUAUACAGGGCUACUUUUCUUUUGGCAAAUAUGAUCAUCAAAGUUUCAAGGAAUAUCUGACUGAAACAUCUUGAACACAGGCUGUCAAGAUGUUGAGCAUUGCCUGAAAAUAACCCUGUCUAUCAUAACAUUCAGAUCCCACCCCCUCCCCCAGUUUGACCACAUAUCAAAACACUAUCGAUGUCAUUCCUCUUUAAGAUGACUGCCAUUAGUCCAAUGUUCUUUGAUUGGGAUGGACAUCACUGCAGGUCAGGGACCAUUCCUGACAGUCAGCAAUGAACCUGCUCAAUCAGCCACAAGCUGAUUUUGUUUUCUGAAACUCAAAUAUAAAGUUCAAUAUGUAUUAAAAUAUAGAAUAUACUAUAAAUGUACAUGCGUUCCUAUUUUUGUGAAGAGGAAAUAUUUCCCAAUGACCUGAGCAGAGUAAAUAAAAGUUUCCAACUCUUUGAGCGAAUGAGAUUGAUUCUUGUUAAUAAAAAAGGUAGCAUGAGGAACACCUGCACAUCAAUAUAAAGACCAUUCAUUCAGGCCACACAUAUACAAAAAAUUUAAGUCAAAAUGCAAAUCAAAACUUGCGCAGAAUUGUUUGCAUUCAACCAGUCAAUCUUACUGCAUCUCCUAUUACUUAGAAAUGCACAUUUGAUCAUUAGCUAUCCCAGGAAACAAGUGAUUUUUAUAUGAAUGCAAACAUGGUCUUUGACAGCGUUUUAUUCGAAGGUGGAGGAAACAUUUCAAAUCAUUUGAGUGCAAAUGAGAAGUAACAUUUCAUCCAUGUACAUGUAUUUACAGAUGCACUGGCACUUAGAUGCACUUUAGAGGCAAGGUUAAGAACUCAAUUAGUGGAAAGAAAAGGAGAGGGUGGUGAGCACACAGAUCAGAUAGGGCACACUCUGUUACAUAUACUCUACAUGCUGGAAGUCUGGGAAUGUUAUGAUCUAAAGAAUACAAACUUGAUUUCCUGGUGAGGAAGUUAAGUCAGAGCGUAGCUGCACCAAACUCUGAUGAACCGUUGACUUUGGACUUAAUAUUUUCAGAUAUUUAAAACGAGGAAAAAAAAAAAAAAGAAAUGCUUAGCUAAGUGCAUCUGAUCCCCUGUCCGGCAGCUAUCAGUGAACACUGCAAUCUGCAGCAUGCAUCUGAUGCCCCUCAACUGUCUGGAGUGGGUUCCUCUUCUAAGCAGUUCCCAACAGAACUGAAGAAAGAAGGAACCUAGAAUGAACUAUUUCUACAAGGCAUCCACUGAGAAGUCUUCGCCUUACUUGCUUGUUUCUAACAGUGGAAGCAUGGACAGUGGACAGGGUAAGAAGGCCCACUGAGAUGCAUCGUGGGAUUAUAUAUUUUGAAUGCACCUCCAUAAUGCCUGGUCCCUGACCCUGUGCUGCUAACAAGCAGGCUACAUUAUCCUCUCCCCCUACAAACAAACUCUGCUUCAGAAUAACAAAACAAAAAAAAAAACCCCAAUGUGGGAA